CGCAAUUCUUGCAUCAGUUGCAUCUGUCCUCCUUGUGGGGGUUGCAUUGUUAAAGAAAUUACGACGUAGACGUAGAGAUCUGCCUAGGGCGCCUUAUGUUAACCAUGCCGCCGAGAGAGAGGAAUACAUAAAUAGUGUUUUGCAUGGAAGUGAGAGACAUUGUGUGAAUCAACUUAGGAUGAAGCCUAUAGCUUUCCACCACUUAUGUCACGCCCUCACUGAGGGGGAGCACGUACGUCCGACUGUUCACAUGUCUGUUACGGAGCAAGUGUUCAUUUUCUUGCACAUUAUUGGUCAUAAUGUGAGGUUUCGUGUAAUGGGUGGUCGGAUCUAUAGAUCAACUGAGACUGUUCAUAGAUACUUCAAAGUUGUCCUUAGGGGGGUCCUGAAAUUAUAUAGAGCUCUAAUAAGACUGCGUAGCGAAGAUACACCUCCAGAGAUAAGGAAUAGCAGAAGGUUUUACCCAUAUUUUAAGGAUUGUGUUGGAGCAAUAGAUGGUACACAUGUUCGUGCAUCUGUGCCACCUGAAAUACAAGGAAGAUUUCGUGGUCGCAAAGAUGGAACCACGCAAAAUGUGUUAGCUGCCAUUAGUUUCGACUUAAAGUUCACUUAUGUGUUGGCUGGAUGGGAAGGCAGUGCACAUGAUUCACGUGUAUUAAAUGAUGCAUUUGCUAGGCCAGGGGGAUUUUCAAUUCCCAAUGGUAAAUUUUAUCUUGGUGAUGCUGGGUAUGGUAAUAAAAAUGGAAUAUUGUCACCGUAUCGGAGUGUACGAUAUCACUUGAAAGAGUUUAGUGAUCGUCCUCCUGAGAAUGCGCAAGAAUUGUUCAAUCUCCGACACUCUUCAUUGAGAACUACCAUUGAGCGAGGGUUUGGAGUGGUGAAAAAACGUUUUCGAGUGUUGGAUGCAGAACCAUAUUGGUCUUUCUCAACCCAAGUGAAAGUAGUGUUAGCGUGUUGUGUGGUUCAUAAUCACAUUAUGGGGGUUGAACCAAAUGACCAUAUUAUGGAAGAUGCAAUGAACCAAGUAGAGCUUAGUGACCACCAAGAAGAAACACAGUCUCGUCGGGAGUCCGUCGAAGAUAGUAGAUCAUGGAAUGCUAAGAGAGAUGAGAUAUAUCAAGCCAUGUGGUCUGAUUAUAUCAGGAGUGGAGAGUAGUACUUUAUUUAGAUUUUUAUGAUUGUAAUGUGUUUUUUCUUUUUGUUUUUUUUUAAAGACAAUGUAUGUAAUAUAGACUUUUGGUGAUGUAAUGAAAAAGUAUUUUUAGCAUUACAUUGUUAUUUGAUGGUAUUACAUUGUCAUUUCCAUAGUUAGCAUGUUCCGUUCUAUUGUGCACAUUCAUAAGCGUGGUUGUAUGUGUGUUUGAUUUGUUAUUCAUGUUCCGAGUGUAAUUACUGAAUGCUACUCUCACUAUACUAUUUUCGUAUGUAGUAAUG